AUGAAAGUCCUCAGGCAAGGUGACCCACUUUCACAUUUCCUCUUUAAUACUGUAGCUGAGGGCCUCAAUAUUCUUAUGGAAAAAGCAAAAGAAGAGGGCUUGCUUAGAGGAGUAAAAGUUGGGCCAAAUGAAUUGAUACUAUCACACUUGCAGUUCGUUGAUGAUACUACUAUACUUUGUGAAGCUGAUUGGGAGGAAAUUGUUGCUGUGAAAAGAAUAUUAAGAUGCUUCGAGUUGAUGUCAAGUCUCAAAAUAAAUUUUUAUAAAAGUAUAGUGUAUGGGGUAGGUGUUCGGGAUAAUUUAGUGAAGGUUUUUGUAACAAAACUUAACUGCCUUAGCCAAAAGUUGCCAAUGAACUAUCUGGGGCUACCAUUAGGAGCAAAUCUAAGGAGAAUGAGUACAUGGAAACCAAUGGUGGAUAAGUUCAAGAGCAAGUUAGCUUCAUGGAAGAAGAGGUAUUUGUCUUUUGUAGGAAGAUUAACUCUCAUAAAGUCCGUUUUGUCCAGCUUGCCAAUCUAUUUCCUAUCCAUCUUCAAGAUGCCAGUGGGUAUUGCAAAAUCAUUAGACAUAAUUCAAGCCAAUUUUUUGUGGGGAGUAUCUGAAAUCAGGAAAAAAGUGCACUUAGUCAAUUAG